AAGCAGUUUGACAGCAAGCAGAGUAAGCAGAAGAAUAUAGUUUGAGUUAGAUAAAAUUAAUUAAUCCUGGAUCAAAAUUAAGUUGGUAAUUCCGGAUGAAUUUGCUUUACACAAAAUCAUGUUUUGUGCAACGAUUGAGAACAUUCGGAUUUUAUGUUGUUUCGAGUAAAAAAAGAAUUGACUUCAAUAGGAGAAUGUGGAUCGCUGCUUUGGUAUUUGUGGCAUUCAUUUUAUUGCUUAUCAUUUAUGGGAAUUAUAUCAUGAAUCAACCAGAAAGAGGAAUAAUAUAUGAAGAAAAUGAGUGGGUUGAAUAUGAAAUCAAACAAGAUUACAAGAAAACAUCAAAGGAAAGACAUCGCGAUAAACUAUUAGUUGAAUAUGAAGCAGCCAAAAGAGCGUUAUCAAAAGUUUUUCAAAAGGCUUAUGAAAAAUAUAUAUAACUUCUCAAGAAAGGCGAUUUCCAUGAUAGCAAUUUUAUAUCUUCAGCAACCAGUUCAGCGCAUACCAGAUGUCAUUGGAAUCGGGGUUGAGAAGUGUGGAACAGGUGCUCUUAGGAGUUUACUUCGUAUGCACCCGAUGAUCAAAGUAGCACCCAAAGAACCCCACUUUUUUGAACGACCGCAUAUAUAUAAAUUGGGCCUAAAAGCAUACACACCUAUGUUGGCCAAAGUUUUACCUCACGAAAUAUCAUUUGAAAAAACACCGGCCUACUUCAACUGGGAACUCGCGACACCAGAACAUCUUCGAGAGCUUGUUCCUCACGCCAAACUUUUACUUGUUUUGUGCAAUCCUACCGAAAGAACAUAUUCAGAUUAUGCCCAGGAGAUAAUGAUGGGUCAUCUCAAUAAAAACACAACGUUUGAACAAAUGGUUGAUGAUCUUCUUGUCUACUCCGCUAAUUUAACUGCAAAAAUGAAUGAAAGUGGAACGGAAAUGGAAUAUAUUGAGCAGUUAUUUAAAAAAAGGAGUACUAACCAUAUACUAACAACUGGAUUGUAUUACUAUCAUUUACUAAGAUGGUAUAAAGUGUUCAACAUGAGCGAUAUCCAUAUCGUAGACGGUGAGGAACUUAUAUCUAAUCCUGCUAAAGUCAUAAAAGAGGUUCAAGACUUUCUUCACAUUCCAGAGUUUGUCUUACCAGAAAAUAUUCCAAAGGGACCGUCUGGAUUUUAUUGCUUUGCCAAACCUUUAGUUGUAAAAAGAAACGACGUUUUAGUCGCUGGAACAGAACGUACUUUUUGUAUGGUUGCAAAGGGAAGGACUAGAAAAGGAGCAUGGGGUGUCGCGAACCCCGAAUAUAUGAAAAAACUGCGCUCAUUUUUUGCACCAUUUAAUGAAAAACUUUAUAAACUACUCGGUCGCAGAUUUAAUUGGUGACGACCGAUUAGAAGUUAUUUCAACUGCCACAUCCUGCACAUACUAUAUAUAGACUAUAGUAAUUAUACCACUUGAUUUACAGCAAAAAAAGAUAUUCUAUGAUAAUAAAUAUGUUAGUACUGGGUUACCCGCUCGCUUCCAUGAAGACGAGUGUGCUAGAAAACGCUUCUCAGUUUCUAUCUACCUCGACCCCAACCAGCAGCAAAAGAUACUUAUACAUGCAAGAUAUGUAGCGUAAAAGUAAUAAAUGGUUUCAUUGAGAAAACGGGAAUGUCGGAAAUACUCUAUUAUAAGCCUCGAUACCAACAUUUUUAUGCAAUAUAUUCAAGUUACUAAGAUUUAGUCACUUUAAUAUUGUGAACUAUUUUUUAAAACUGCUGAAUUAUCAUCAACAAUUAUCGAGUCACUAUUUUACUGAACAAUUACUUUCCACUUUAAAUAUGCCCGACCCCGAAGGAAAUAUUUUGGAGACAGACAUGACAUAUAAUUUAUGA